AUGGCUUCAACUUUAGCAUUCAUUGCACUCUUCUCACUGGCCCUGUUUGCCGGCUUCACAGAAGCAAGAAAAGACCCUGGAGAGUACUGGCAAGGGGUUGCCGCUAGAAAUGAACAGGCUUUGCUCGAAGCAAUUGAGCAGCUUAUCCAUGUAGCUUCGGCCCUCUCCAACAAGAAGAAAAUCACUAGUGAUUGCGACACAAUGAAGAAACAUUCUGUAGCAGCAACAAACAAGAAGUCCUUCGUUAAAGACUUUGAACCAAGGCCCAACGUAUCCGCCUACGGAGAUGAUGCUAAACUGAAGGAGGAAAAAUCUUUCAUGAAAGACUUUGAGCCAAGGCCUAAUGUUUCUGCCUAUGGGGAUAACACUGACAAAUCUUUCGUGAAGGAUUUCGAGCCAAGACCUAAUGUUUCUGCCUAUGGGGAUAAUACUGACAAAGCUUUCGCGAAAGACUUUGAGCCAAGGCCUAAUGUUUCUGUCUACGACAACUAA